CGUCCCUGUACGCAUAGCAUAUGCUGUGGCCAGUGACACAGAUAAUUUCCCCAUUAAAUGCUUAGAUAUAGAAUUAUAUGCAGAUCAUUUCGGUGCCGAUAUGAUAAUUUUCUGACAUUUUUUUUACAGAAAGGUGUUUCAAUUCUUAUUAAAGGCUGGGACGACAUCACAUUAAGUUAUGAUAUACAGAUGGGAACAAUAAGCAAAUCGUAUACAAAUAUCACGGGGAACAAUUUUGAGGCCCGGCAAAUUAAGGAAUCACUGACAGGUGGCAAAAUCAGGGUCGAUGUAACACUGACUUUCGUAUGUGACACAUUUUACUACGGAGACUGCACUAAAUACUGUAAGGAAGAUCCAUGCCGUUACAGGUGCGACAAGAAUGGAGACAAAAUCUGUCUCCCAGGAUGGUCAGGGAGCGACUGUAACACUACAAAUCAAAGUAUAACACCAACGUGUACUAUCACCACUACAACUCCAACCACCACUACAGAUUUUACCACCACUACAGAUCCUACCACCACUACAACUCCUACCACCACUAUAACUCCUACCACCACUACAACUCCUACCACCACUAUAACUCCUACCACCACUACAACUCCUACCACCACUACAACUCCAACCACCACUACAACUCCAACCACCACUACAACUCCUACCACCACUACAACUCCAACCACCACUACAGAUUUUACCACCACUACAACUCCUACCACCACUACAACUCCUACCACCACUACAACUCCUACCAACACUACAACUCCUACCACCACUAUAACCUACCGACACAACACACAACUGCCUACCACACUACAACUCCUACCACACACUACAACUCCUACCACCACUACAACUCCUACCACCACUACAACUCCUACCACCACUACAACUCCUACCAACACUACAACUCCUACCACCACUACAACUCCUACCAACACUACAACUCCUACCACCACUACAACUCCUACCAACACUACAACUCCUACCACCACUAUAACUCCUACCACCACUAUAACUCCUACCAACACUACAACUCCUACCACCACUACAACUCCUACCACCACUAUAACUCCUACCACCACUACAACUCCUACCACCACUAUAACUCCUACCACCACUACAACUCCUACCAACACUACAACUCCUACCACCACUAUAACUCCUACCACCACUACAACUCCUACCCACCACUAUAACUCCUACCAACACUACAACUCCUACCAACACUACAACUCCUACCACCACUACAACAACUCCUACCACCACUACAACUCCUACCACCACAGACUCCGACCACCACUAUAA